UAGCUAACGUCACUGUGGCUGUGCUGCUCGAUUGAGCUGAAGUCCACAUGGACACAGUAAUGGACAACUGGUUCAUGUCGGCAGGAUUGGUUUACUCUGUCCUGCUGCCGGUUGUUCUUUCAUGUCAGAGAGGAAGUGAUAUGCGGAGAGGGGAAGAGAGAAAUAGAUCCGUGUAUGAUGACCAGCCGAACGCACACAAGCGGUUUAUGGAAAAACUGGAUGCCAGAAUACGAAACCAUGACCGAGAGAUCGAGAAGAUGUGCAACUUCCACCAUCAAGGUUUCGUCGAUGCCAUCACGGAGCUCCUCAAAGUCCGGGCGGAUGCAGAGAAACUGAUGGGCCAAGUGACCGACACCAAUCGAAGACUCCAAGACGCCGGACGAGAGGUGACGGCUCAGACAGAAGAGGUGAUUUGCUGCAGGGUUCAGCAGAGGAACAUGGCCACCACUGUGGAGAAACUGCAGCUCUGUAUCCCUGUUUUGGAAAUGUACAGCAAAUUAAAGGAACAGCUCGAAUCUAAAAGAUACUACGCUGCACUGAAAACCAUGGAGCAGCUGGAGAACAUUUAUAUUCCCAGAGUGAGCCAGUAUCGCUUCUGUCAGAUCAUGGCUGAGACACUGCCUAAACUCCGCGAGGAGAUCAAGGAGAUCUCUAUGUCAGAUCUGAAAGACUUCCUGGAGAGUAUCAGAAAGCACUCGGAUAAGAUCGGUGAAACGGCAAUGAGACAGGCCCAGCAGCACAGGACGUUCAUCAGUGCUGUGCAGAAGCAGGCGAAUCUCGGCUGUGCCAAACCCCUCUACAGCCUCAAUGGCAGAACGUCACUCCAGCACAACGGCCUGGCUGCAGAGGAAACAGUCGAUGAAGAGGAAGCUGAUGAUGAAGUGCUAACGGUGCAGGAUCUGGUGGACUUCUCGCCCGUGUACCGCUGUCUUCACAUCUACACUGUUUUGGGUGACAGAGAGACAUUUGAAAAUUAUUACCGAAAGCAGAGGAAAAAACAAGCAAGGCUGGUGCUGCAACCUCAGUCUAACAUGCAUGAAACAGUGGAGGGCUACAGAAAGUACUUUAACCAGAUUGUUGGGUUUUUUGUUGUGGAGGACCACAUAUUACAUGCCACGCAGGGUUUAGUCACCCGAGCGUUCACAGAUGAGCUGUGGAACAUGGCUCUGUCCAAAAUCAUCGCUGUUCUCCGCACACACUCUUCUUACUGCAGUGAUCCUGACCUGGUCCUGGAGCUGAAGAACCUGAUUGUUAUAUUUGCAGACACAUUGCUGAGUUACGGCUUCUCGGUGAACAGACUCUUCGACCUGUUGUUUGAGAUUAGAGAUCAGUACAACGAGACACUGCUGAAGAAGUGGGCGCUGGUGUUCAGAGAAAUAUUUGAGCUGGACAACUACAGCCCCAUCCCUGUAGAAAACGAAGCAGAGUACAAGCUGGUGGUCAGUAGAUUCCCCUUCCACGAUGCUGAGAUUGAAAAGCAACCAUUUCCAAAGAAGCUGCCCAUGUCCCAGUCAGUGCCUCAGAUCUAUAUUCAGGUCAAAGAGUUCAUCUAUGCCAGUUUAAAGUUCUCUGAGUCACUGCAUCGCAGCUCUACUGAGAUCGACGACAUGCUGCGUAAAUCCACCAACCUGCUGCUGACGAGGACACUGAGCGGCUGCUUACAGAACCUCAUCAGAAAGCCUCAUAUAGGACUCACUGAGUUGGUUCAGAUCAUCAUCAAUACCACCCACUUAGAACAAGCAUGUAAAUACUUGGAAGAUUUCAUCACCAACAUUACCAAUGUCUCUCCGGAAACCAUCCACACCACAAGACUCUACGGUCUCUCCACAUUUAAGGAUGCUAGACACGCAGCAGAAGGUGAGAUCUACACCAAGCUCAACCAGAAGAUUGAUGAGUUCAUCCAGCUGGCCGACUACGAGUGGAGCAUGGUCGAGUCAGACGGCAGGGCCAGCGGCUAUCUCAUGGACCUCAUCAACUUUCUGCGCAGCACUUUCCAGGUCUUCACACACCUGCCGAAUAACACCAAUGAUCAUGCUGCGAUGUCGGGGAAAGUUGCUCAGACGGCCUGCAUGUCGGCCUGCAAGCACCUUGCCACCUCCAUGAUGCAGAUGCUUCUGGACACAGAACUCAAGCAAGUCAGCAUGGGGGCCAUCCAGCAGUUCAACCUGGACGUCAUCCAGUGUGAAUUAUUUGCCAGUUCGGAGCCUGUGCCGGGAUUCCAGGGGGACACGCUACAGCUGGCGUUCAUUGACCUUCGACAGCUGCUAGACUUGUUCAUGGUGUGGGAUUGGUCCACUUACCUAGCAGACUACGGACAGCCCACCUCGAAGUAUCUGCGGGUCAACCCGUCCACUGCACUUGCACUCUUGGAGAAAGUCAACCGAGGGAUGAAGGACACGAGCAAAAAGAAUAAUAUCUUUUCCCAGUUCCGAAAGAACGACCGCGACAAGCAGAAGCUGAUCGAGACGGUGGUGAAGCAGCUGAGGAGCUUGGUGAACGGCAUGUCACAGCACUCCUAGAUCAUCCUCUUAUCCUGCACAUCCUGAAUCCCACUCUCUGCGCUCAUGACAGUGUGAGAGCAUGGUGCAGAAGUGAGACCAACUUUAAGACUCCCUCGACUACGACGGCUCCCGUUCCACCGAACCUGAGCGACGCUCGUGCGUGUUUACAGUACGGGUUCGGUUUGACGCAGUGGGAGAUGUUUUGGCAGAGGGUCCCGGGGAUGAAAAAACGUCUCCCUCUGCAUCAAACUCAAUCAGUACUGUAAAGACGUGGAUUAAAAAAUAAUAAAUAAAUACAUCAACAACAAUGAAGGGGGCGGUUUAGCAAAAUGCAAACAAUUAAGCAGUUAUUUCUUCUUUUAAUAUUUUUUAAAGGCCAAGGGUUAUGUUUUGUAUAUUGUGAAAGUGAUCAUACGGCUACUCUGGAGCGCCGACGUGGGAACGGUGAAUGAUGACGUCCUCAUGUGAGACAGAUGUUCAUGCCAAGAUCUGUGAGAAGUCCUGUGCGUGAAGUUUUUAGUGUAAAUAUUUUCAAUUCUAUUUAACACUACUAUAAAAAUCAUGCUUCCCACACAUCUGAAGUGAAUCGAUUCGGCUCAGAUCAUUUCAGUUUGUGACAUUGGGGAAAAAACUUUGCAUUAAUGUUUUUGGGUUUUUUUAUUUUUAUUUAAGGCUGAAGAUGUAAUUUAAUAAUCUUUGUUCUUUAUUCUAAACCAUUUUUUCAUGUAAGGGAAUAAUGGUCUUCAGCUGUAAACUACAUUUCAUCAUGUACAAAACAGUUGCUUGUGUCUGAAAUGCUCUGUGGAAUUCUAUUUUUAUUUAAUUUUUAUUUCCUCAGGGUGAAAUGAAAGCUUUUUAUUUUAUUUUAUUUCUUUAGUUUGGACGCUUUCGAAGCGCACACUAAAGCGAAAGAAAGCGAGCAAUAACUGGUCUGAAUGCAGCCUCUGAAGCCACGCUGCAUUUCUUCAUGACUUUAAGUUGCUCUUGGUCUUUCUGCAGACUUUGCACCAAAUAUUACUUAAAUUAUUUACAUGUGUAUAUGUAAGUUAUUUACAUAUAUAUGUGUAUAUAUGUAUGUAUGCUUUUGAAAUUAAAAUGCCAUUGUACAAACCACAAAAUUCUUUACAGCACUGAGUGGGCUUGAGGGGAUGGGCUCGAUCCUGUCCUUAAACAUGAAAUUGUAAAAUAAUAAUGAUGAUAAUUUUAUGUGAUGCCACAUGUUCAGUUUUUCCUCCAGUUUCUUAUAGCUGAACAGUACUAGUUAUAUUCUUCCCCUUCUUACUGAACGCAGAAGAUAGCAGCCUGCUGGUGAGCUGCAUUAUCUCUCACACAGUGAGAACUCCCACAAGCAUCACUUUUUCCCAGAAUGCAUUUGUUUUUGUCUGCUUUAAUAAAAUGUGAUCAACCAAA